GGGCCUGCCCGCGCCUCCUUCUCCUCCUCGUCUCCCGGCGGUGGCAGCGGCUCCGGCGCGGCCCUGCGCCUGCCCUCAGGCCCGCGCGGCCAGGCCCCGCGCGGCCGCGGGCGCUGCCCGGCUCGGGCCGGCGGAGGGCGGAGCGCGGCGCCGGAGCCGAGGGCGCGCCGCGGAGGGGCGCACGCAGGCCGCCGGGCCGCGCCGUGCUGGGCCGCGCCGUGCUCGGCCGGGCGCGGCGGCGAGAGGAGGCCGGAGGCGAGCGCGGGGCCGGCGGUGGGCCCGGGGACCGUCCGCAGCCCGCAGCCCGCGGGGAGAGCGCGAGCCCGCGGCCGGGGCCCGGCCGGGCGUCCAGACAGGAGCCCGGCUGGAGCGCCCGCCCCGCGGCCUCGCCUCCCCGCCGAGCCGCCAGCGCCUCGGGACGCGAUGAGGACCUGGGCUUGCCUGCUGCUUCUCGGCUGCGGAUACCUCGCCCAUGCCCUGGCCGAGGAAGCCGAGAUCCCCCGCGAGGUGAUUGAGAGGUUGGCGCGCAGUCAGAUCCACAGCAUCCGGGACCUCCAGCGACUCCUGGAGAUAGACUCCGUAGGGGCUGAGGAUGCUUUGGAAACCAGCCUGAGAGCCCACGGGGGCCACGCCACCAAGCAUGCACCCGAGAAGCGGCCUGUGCCCAUUCGGAGGAAAAGGAGCAUCGAGGAGGCCAUCCCCGCGGUCUGCAAGACGAGGACGGUCAUUUACGAGAUACCUCGGAGCCAGGUGGACCCCACGUCUGCCAACUUCCUGAUCUGGCCGCCGUGUGUGGAGGUGAAGCGCUGCACCGGCUGCUGCAACACCAGCAGCGUCAAGUGCCAGCCCUCCCGUGUCCACCACCGCAGCGUCAAGGUGGCCAAGGUGGAGUACGUGAGGAAGAAGCCAAAGUUAAAGGAGGUGCAGGUGAGGCUGGAGGAGCACCUGGAGUGCACGUGCACUGCCGCCGGCCCGACCCCUGGCCACCGGGAGGAGGAGACAGGAAGGCGCAGGGAGUCAGGUAAAAAACGGAAAAGAAAGAGGUUAAAACCCACCUAAGGCGGCCGACCAGAUGUGAGGUGAGGAUGAGCCAGCAGCCCUUCCCCGGGACACGGAUGUACAUGGCGUGUUACAUUCCUGAACUACUAUGUACGGUGCUCAUUGCCAGCGUGCGGUCUUUGUUCUCCUCCGUGAAAACUGUCUCCGUGCGCACCCUGGAGAACAAAGAGACAGUAUACGUUUGUUUAAUGUGACAUCAAAGCGAGUAUUGUAGCACUCUGCGGAACAAUGAGAAGCUUCCUUGUCCAAAAAAAAAAGAGAGAGAGAGAGAGAGAGCGCACACAAACUGACUCACAAAAUAUCUCAACGGUUGCCGGAGCGGAGGGCACCCCGCGGGAUGGAAGCCGCCGGCGUCUCGGCGGACUGGACGUCUGUCUGUCCAGGGUGGUCACAGGUGCUUUUGCCGAGGACACGGAGUCCGCUUUCGGGACGACUCCGGAUGGAUGCCGACGGCACGCAGGAGCCAGGAAUGUCUCAGAAACCGCAUCUCCUUGCUGUAGUGUUAAGUCUAUACAGAAACCUUCCUGAGAGCCUUAAGUGGAUUUUUUUUUUACACCAUAAAGUGAUUAUUAAGCUUUCCUUUUUACUCUUUGCCUAGCUUUUUUUUUUUUUUUUUUUUUUUUAAUCCUUUCUUGGAUGGCAUUUACGCCGGUAACACCAGGCUGCUGUGAUGGUCAGGACAGUGGGACGGUCUCUCCUGAGCGAGAUGCGAACGAAUGAGCUGUAUUAAAAUAAACAUGGUAUAUACCCGCCUCUGCAUCCUUUCCUACAUGUUUCUGGCUUCUCGUGUUCCUCCCUCGCCCUGUUUCGUUUUCCUUUUUGAUUUAAGCCAGUUUGAGAGAACUGCGUGAGCCCAUCGAACACCGCCCCCGAGUCGCCUCCCCGGAGCCCGUGGCCCUCGCUGUGGGAGGGAGCUUUCCCGCGCGGCCGGCGAGGUUGCUCCCCGAGGCCCCCGGUGCUCCAACGGAACCUAAAUUCUUUAUUUUUGGUAAGGUGUUACGCUUCAUGUGUGUGCCACAGAAACGUGUGUGCGUGUGUGUUGUAUUGUUUUGUGAAGGUGAAGUUUGUAUUUUUAUCGAAUAUCACCAGUUUUAUAUACCGGAGAGACUGCGAUGUUUUUUUUUGAACCAAAAGGAAAAAAAAACCCAUACUCAUGAAAAAUGUUUUUGUGGUCACAUUUUUCUAGUUGUGUGACCGAGUCUAGACCCCGUCUCUCCUGGGGGGUACGUGGGAGAGCGUGGCUUUCUGGGCCAGCCCCACGGCGAGGACUUGCAGGAAGCGGCCUGCCCUUGGGAUUCCAGAACCUUCCAGGAAUGGGCCGAAGAAGCCAUUCGUGUGCAUGGCCUCGUGGAGAUGGAGGCCACCUGCCCGUCGGAGCUGAGCGGACGAGGACGAAUUUAAUCUAAAAGUGAGUUGAUUUAUAGUAGCAUGGGUGGCCCUGUGUUGCCCAUGGCCUGCCGUCCCCAUCCUGAAAGCCAGAGGCUCGAGUGACCAUCAAGACCCCUUGUUGCCUGCGGGGUGUCUCCGAAGUGACGGCGAGCAUCCUGGGUGUUCGUGUGUUUAUGGAAGAUUUUUAUGAAGGAAUUUCUUCUGCAGCCCAUCUUCACAGCGCAGUUUCCGGCCCACAGUUUGACACCUUUCAGCGCGAGGAAGGGAGGCUGGGGUCAGUAGGAAGGUCGUGUGGGCAAAUGCGGGCGUCCGCAUCCCCCAGUUCUUGCCUGACUCCCAGGGUGGAGCCCCCCGGCUGGGCAGAUGGACAAUGGCGCCGUGCAAGGUGCCCACCGAGGUCCUGCCCCAGGCCCUAUGCUGGGUGUCUUGGGACUGCCCCGUCUAUGAUGCUGUGCUGUGCCCGUGAACAUGUCUGAUAUUGGAUGAAUAAACCUGUAAUUUAUGUA